GCUGAGGACAUGUUUGACAUUUAUCCUGUUAAGUAAGUUUAAUUUGAAAAAGUUCUGUACCUUGAACUUUAUAAUGAAGAAAAGUAAAAACUUUUAUUAGGCCAAACAGAUUUAAAUCCGCUUUAACUAUAUCAUUAAAGUAAACUAUUUCAGCAAAUGUUAUUGUGCUUAGUGCUCUGUGGUGUGUUUUCUGAAAGCAGGAGAACACAGUUGUACUAAACAGCAGAAGAGAUAAGGAUUUAAAUAUAUCUCACCUCAAGCCUUUAAUCCAGAAGUGAUGGCAAUAUAGCAGAAAUGUCUGGGAACACUUUUGGAACACAACGUCCCUCUUCAUUGCCCCAGAAAAGGUUUUUCUCAGCAAGUUACAGUCAGACUUCUGGAGCAAACAUGAACCUCACAGGACUUAGACAUCCUCUCCCAUGGAAAACAUAUUCAAAAGCAGUCAAGUGGGGGCAGACUACACCUGUUCAAAACCACAGGGGAGGCUUUGCUGAGAGGACUUCAAAGUUUGUGUGCCCUUCUACUACAAGCCAUUUAGAAACUCUGGGACCCUUGGUUUGCACCUCUAUCUUGCUGAGCAACCGCUUCCCUCAGUUGACUCAGCCUCGCUCAAAAAGGAACCUUGUUGUGGAAGAAAUAAAUCAUUUGUCACAGCACAGUCAUAAGGACUCUAUCAUGGAACAGAGAGCAGUGGCCUCAGCUCCAGACCAAAAUCUUCCUCAGACCACCAGUGGGAGAAGCUUGACUCCCAGUUAUCCUUCACAGGAUUUCUUUAUUGGGCUACGAGAUCUGCAUAAACGUCUAUACCUAGGACAUCACCCAUAUGGAACACUUACCAACAGCAAAGGUUCCACUCCUCAUAUCUCAGCAGAACAAGAAAUCAAAGCAACAAGCCGGCCAUUCACUGCACAACCCAGAGAAGUCAUUCACGCUACCCGAAGGCCUUACACCAGCUGUCUUGAAAAUAAAGCGCUUUCUCCCCCACUUCUCAGUCUAUGGAUGCAAAAUGAUGCUAUGUCCAGAUCACUCAGAUUAAACCAACAGCAGCAGUCUACUCGGACAAAGCAUGCAACAAACUGAAUGAUUACAAGAGUUAUGUCAUCAAUUGUUAGAAAAUCUGAAUUGAUUUCAACAUUUAAAAUUGUUGAUAGUGUGACCUGCUUGAUUUAUCUUUUUGAUUGCAAGUUGGAAGAUAUUCAUCUCUACUGCUUUCCAGAUCUUGAUAUUUAGAAUGGAGUGAAUGCACUAUGGUUUUCAUGCCUCAAGGUGCACAACUGUUCAUAUUUUUGAGAACAAAAAACAUCCUGGUAAAUGAAGGAUACCUCUUCGUGUUUCUCGGCAAAGGCAUGUGAGUGGA